AUGAAAUUUGGUAUUUAUGUGGUCGCCAUUUCGUGGCUCCUGAGUCGAGUAUUUGCAGUGAAUAUUCAACAGAGCACAGUCGAAAUUGACCAGGGCGUUAAAGCCAUCGAAAAUCUCACCAUCCACAAGAUUGUUUAUUAUUCAAUUAUCAACAGCCCCCAGGUUACCGUGUUGCAUUCUUUUAAAAAUGCGGGCACGUUUUACGUCACAAGCACCAACGGCUUUGAAGCUUCGGUAGUCAUUAAAGGAGAUCAUUUCCAAAAUUCCGGACUAGUUGUCUUUAACUCCUUUCUUGUCAAUGAAUCCAUACAUGGUGUUGAUGUCGAAAAUGAUUUUGCGAACACUGGCGCCAUGUUGUUUGGUGUCUCGGGGUUUAAUCCCUAUUCAUCAGUGACAUUUGUUCUAUCGGACGGAUCAUGGGUGAACACCGGUAUGAUAUCGUUUUUGAAGUUGUCUGAAUAUCCUACUCGUUUGUACAUUGGAAGGUCUCAACGGCUGAAAGGUGGCCUGAGUAUCACAAACGAAGGAACGAUUUGCUUUUACAGUCAGAUUUGGGCGUCAUAUACACGCAUUAAGGGGCAUGGCUGUAUCACUGUGGGCUCCAAGUCUAAACUUGAGAUUUAUUUUCCAGACUAUCGUAUUUCGCCCACUCAGACGAUCAAUUUAGAAUCUUCAGACUCUUUAUUGCAAGUUUACGGAAUGAGCUCUUCGCUCGAUAUAGCACCGACCAUCAAAGUUUCAGGCCUUGGAGAGGGCAAUUCAAUCGAAGUUGAUAUUCCUUAUUUAACAAUGAACGCAAAAGAGUACUCUACGCGGCGGGGGGAAUUGUCAGUGGAAAUUAAGAGCAAGCCUCGCGUGUAUUUCCGAGUUGGCCGGGGAUACCGUUUGGUGGAUUUUCAAAUCAGACCUUCGGCAUUUGGCACAAGGAUCACUGUCCACAAGCCUGCUCCAAGAAAACCUCCGCGUAUAUGCAAAUGUGCCACAAAGAUUCCUGUUGUCCCAACAUAUCUUCCUUAA